AUGGCGAGAGUUUUGUUUCGUAGCUUCUUUAGGGCUUCUUCUUCGCUUUUCAAACGCUCGCCUCGUAACUCUUUCUCUCUCACGUCGGUUUUUCCGGCGCUGCAAGAGUCGAUUUUAUGUCCAUCCAAACACUUGAUCGGUGCCGUCCCAUCAAACUCAACUUGGAUUUUCAGAAGCUUGAGCCAAUCGGUGAAUCUGGUGAUAUCGGAAGGGAAAGUGAAGUUCGAAACGCAGGAGGUGGAUCCUCCGAAGAAGGAGAAGUGGAAGACGAAGAAGAGGUUGAAGCUGCAGAGGAAGAGAGAGAAGCAGAAGAGAAAAGCGGCGAAUAAGAGAGACCCUCGUAGGCUUAAUGUCAAGGGCAAGAAGAAGAAGUUUGCCAAUGCGGAAGAGAGAAUCAAGUACAAGCUUCAAAAGGCCAAAAGUAAGGAAGCUAUGCUGAUUGAAAGACUUAAGCGGUAUGAAAUUCUGAAAGUACAAGGUCCUGUUGUGGAACCGAUCAACAUAACCGGAGAGGAGCGAUUCUAUAUGAAGAAAAUGGCUCAAAAGAAGUCUAAUUACGUACCAAUUGGCAGAAGAGGAAUUUUUGGAGGUGUAAUUCUAAAUAUGCAUAUGCAUUGGAAAAAACAUGAAACUGUGAAGGUCAUUUGCAAUUCUGCUAAACCUGGCCAAGUUCAUGAUUAUGCACAAGAAAUUGCCAGAUUAAGUGGUGGGAUCCCAAUUCAGAUAAUUGGAAAUGACACCAUAAUAUUUUAUCGAGGCAAAAAUUAUGUGCAGCCUGAGAUUAUGUCGCCCAUAGAUACAUUGUCCAAGAAAAGGGCUUUGGAAAAAUCAAAGUACGAGCAAUCACUCGAGUCUGUUCGACAAUUCAUUGCCGUUGCUGAGAAGGAACUGGAGCUGUAUUACAGCCACAUUGCACUUUAUGGCGACCCAAGUGAUAGGAAUCCAGUUUCGAUCUUGGACGGUCCAAGAAAAGACGCCAAGGAAUCAAAGAAAUCUAAAGAAUUAGAGAAGGAAGAAAAGAAGGUUGCUUGUUCUUGUGAUUGCUUUUCCACAGGUCUAAUAGAGAUGGAAGCUGAUUCCUUUCAAUCUGAACUCUCUGAGACAGAGACUGAUGUUUCGGAAUACUUUGCACAUGGAAGCUUAUCUGCAACUGAAUCAGAUUCUGAACGUGGCAACAAUUUUGAUUCUGAUUCUGAAUAUGAUUAUGAAGAAUGUUUUACCAAGAUGGGAGAGACUAUGCUAGUUCAGUCAUCAACAUCAGUAAAGGAAUGUGAUUUUGACAAUCAAAAAGAUACUGCUAAAACUAAAAAUUUUAUUCUAUAA